AACCAGUCCGCUAAAGUCAGUUUGGAUUUAUCCAUCUCGGAAUUCGGAAGUGCUUGAGCUUCUUCACGACGACGCGAUCCGCGUGAAACGUUUGGCCGUGUCCGUGAGUGAUAUUUCUUUUCUGUCCCUCCCCCGUUACCCUGGUGUGUGUGGGUGAGUCUGUGUGAGUGCGGAUUUUGGGAACUAACCUGACCGACAGGAUCCAGAGGUCAAAACAGGACCCCACCUCCGGGAUAUCUAACGCACUGCUACCACUUCCACUGACGUACACCCAGCGCAGUUAGCAACCGCAAGGAUCCCCAACUGAAAAUGGCCGCCCUAAAUGUGUGCAAGGCACCGGAUUCGUACGACGCAUACACGUUCAACCUUCCGGACAAAUACAAACUGGCCGCCCAGGACGAGCUUCGCGAGGACGAUGACAUCCGGGAAAACGCGCUCAAGCAGUUCCGCGAAUGGAUCGCCAAACACCCGCUCAUCAAAACAUGCCGCACCGAUGCUCCGUUCCUGUUGCGUUUCCUGCGAACCAAAAAAUUCUCCAUCCCGGCCGCGACGGAGAUGCUGGAGAAAUACCUCUCCAUCCGCCAGAUCUAUCCCAACUGGUUCCACAAUCUAGACAUCAACGAUCCGGAAAUUGAAGCACUCGUCGACACUGGCUACUUGUUUGCCCUGCCCGAACGUGACGAGCAUGGCCGCAAGAUUGUCUUCUCCAGUGCAGGCAAGUUCGACACCAGCCGUUUUACAGCCGCCCAUUUGAUCCGGGUUCAUUCGCUAGUUGUCGAAGCGCUGCUGGACGAAGAAGAAUCGCAAAUCGCAGGCUACGUUCACGUUAUCGACGAUUCCGACCUGUCGAUGGCAUUCCUCGGAAUUUGGUCCUUCACCGAUAUCAAAAAUCUAGCAAACUGCGUCCAAAACUCGCUACCGAUGCGCCAGAAGGAGAACCACUUUGUCAACCUGCCGUCGUUCGCGAACAAAUUGUCCGAUUUCAUUCUGUCCGUUCUAAGCGAAAAACUGAAGAAUCGCGUCUUUGUCCACAAAAGCAUGGAAGAUUUGAAGACCACGGUGAACCCAAAGCUGCUACCCAAAGAAUAUGGCGGUACGAUUCCGAUGGCUGAGUGCGUAGCGCAGUUCAAGGCAUUCUUGAAGGCAAAGCGAGACCAGCUGAUGGCGCUCGACGAUAUGCAGAUCGAGAUCAGCAAAAACUCAGCUUACUGGGCUGAAAGCACUGAUGCCGAUAUUGCUGCUGGCGUGAUCGGAAGCUUCCGAAAGCUGGAAGUUGACUAAUUGACUGUUUUCACACUAUUUUAACAUCCCUCUAGAAGUCCCCGAAGGUUUAAAGGCCGAGCUAGGACCGGUGAUUUCUUUAUUUUAAAACUAUAAAUCUAUUGAAACUUAGUUAAACAAAAUUAAUUUAAUUAAAAUGAGAAAGAGACGAUUUUAAUCAGAAGCGAUCCUCUUUCCGCCAAACAGGUGGAAGAAAGUUACCAAAACUCAGCCUUCUCACUAUUAAAAGUUAUCGAGUUGGGCGUAGGACAAUAAUGGCACAGUACAUGCCCAAACAAUCCUUAUAGGUACUAUUUCUUAGCAAUAUAAUGGAUCGUACUACUUACAGGUUUACUUAUUUUUCGAAAGCAAAACUCUACUCUGUGAUCAUGGUUUUAGAAACUGGCACAGAUUAGGAUGAGGUAGACUUAACCUACAUAUAUCCUUAAUUUAUUGCUCACUAUGGCGCUUUACUGUAUCUAAUUGUUGUGCACGGUACGGAAGAGGAAAAUUAUUCGAAUUAUUUUUAUAAACAUGCAUCGCUCCCUGCUUCCAUCAUCAAAAGUGUAUUAUCCAACAUUUUAUUCAAAUUCAAAUAUCACUUAUCACAUCAAUGAACGCUAUGCUAUUAAAAAGUUUAGGAAAAUUCAA